UCGUACAAUGAAAAAGUGUUGAGAUAUGGAUUCGACGGCGAUACCCCUUUCAAUUCCCAAUUCUAGAUUCUGUUAUGUGGGUUAUUAGCUAUCUUCAAGUAUUGUGGUUUUUCUCUCCGUCUUCCUUGGUUUUCCCAAUUACCUCUUUUUAACCAGGCAGUUUCUGUGGAUUUGAUCAUGGUGGAUUUUAAGGGCUCUUGACGUUGGACGGACUUAUAGAGGGUGGGUGGUUCGGUUCCCUUCCAUUUCUCUUUCCUGCUGAAGAUUAGGGUAUAACGACGGAAUUGGGUUUUCUGGGACUGAUAAAGAAUGAGAUUUCAGUUUCCCGAUACACGUAUGCUUGCCGAUAAGAGUAGUUGAAUCAUCUGGCGGAGUGAUUAAUCGAAUCGAUGUUGUCUCUUUAAUCAUCUGUGUUUUCUCUACCUACAUUGGAUUUUGUGUUUGAAUCAUACAUCAUUUUGUCUGGUCUUUUGGCUUGAUUCUCUUCUAGGUUUCUGCCAAUCUCCUCGUUUUUCAUGGUGACCGGUUUGAAUGAGUUUGUGGUUUUUCCUCUGCAUCAUUAGACAUUAGAAUCUGAAGAGGUUUACACUUUGUUUACAUCUGUGCGUUUAUCCCAUCCAAUUUUAAGAGGUUUGAUUUGGUGCCUGACAUGUCACACAUUUUUUCUGUUAUUAUGAGAAAUUGAGAGGUGGACUUGGAUUCUAGAGUGUACCAAUUUUGGGAUAUACGGUCCGUCGCGGUUGGUAGGAGGGGAUGGAAGAAGAGAUCAUACCUGUGGUGGAGAGGGAUGGAUUGCAUUUAGGAAAUCAGAUGCAGAUCACUUCCGAUGACUCCUUGUGUGCAGAAAUGGGAACCGAAGAAAAUGGUGGACUCGGAAAUUCUAAGGACAACGGAGAAGCAAUUUUAUCAGAGAAGGGCGAGGGAAGUGACGUCGUUUUCUCAAGAGAGGCACCACUUUUGAGAAAAGAUCCAAUCAUCUCUGGUGGUUGUAGUUGUGGUCCGAAAAAGCUCAAGUCGAGGAUUGCGGCCGCAGAUUUUGAGCUUCGCAAGAAGGACAAGAAUGGGCAGGAUAAGAAGCUUAGUAGGCAAGACAGGAUUGAGCUGGGUCGUAUGUUUCAGGGUGCGGUGAGCUCUCACGAUUGGGAGCUUGCGGAAAGUCUGAUUCUGUUGGCAGACCCACAGACUCUCAAUGACGCCUUGUGUAUCUCUUUGGAUUCGAUAUGGUUCUUGACCACGGAGCAAGAGCUACAUGGCAUAACUGGAUUGAUCAGGAAGAUCAUAGCCAAUGGUGCUUAUGACUUCACAAGGGCAGCACUUAGGACUUCAUUUCUUGCCUCUUGUGUGUCUGCAUGUCAGAGCCGGACAAUGAGUUUAGCAGAUACGGUAACUGUCAUGGCCCAAAGGUUGCAUGAGCGGCUCCAGGAAUGCAACGGGGAUGAAGUUUUGAAGGCAGAAGCUGGUGCUAAGGUCCAGAAAUUUACAGAAUGGGCUUUGAAAUGCAUAGGUUUCCAUUCUCGUUGCCAGGGGAAUAGGGAUAGGGUCAGUCACAGCUCAGCUGUUGAGAUCCAACUCCAAUUGUCAGCAUUCAAGACAUUUCUGGAUCUUGCUGGUAAUCAGCUUACUGGAAAGGACUUCACUGAGGCUUUUGAUGCAGCAUGCUUUCCCCUCACUCUGUUCUCUAGCUCAUUUGACCCUGGUUGGGCAUCGGGAAUCUCAGCAACUGCAAUCCAGGGACUGCUUGGGAUGUUGGUAGAAGGGGGUGCAGAUAAUGUCAAUCAGUGCUUUCUUGAAGCCUCACGUUUUGGGAGUACUGAGCUUGUUCGCAUCUUAUUGCAGAUAGCUCAAAGGAACAGCUUGGACGUCGAUGUUGACCUUGCCCUAGGUUUUGCUUCCCACUACUGCAAGAUUGGAACAAUGGAGUGUCUUGUGGAAGAGGGAAAUGCAAUUGCAUUUUUGGGCCCUUUGAUGAGAGCUGCUGAGAGGGGUUGCAUGCAGGUUGUCCAAUGGUUUGUCCAAAGGGGCUGCCGGGACAUGGAGCUUUGCCUUGCCCUCACCGCAGCUACCUCUAGCAGCCAAGUAGGGAUAGCUGCCUACCUUCUCCCGCAUGUCCCCCAGCAUGUCCUUGCUGCUCUCAGCAUUGAGAUCCUGAAAGCUGCCGGAGAGCGAAGUGGUGGGUCCUUAGAUGGCAUUGCGUUCCUCCUCCACUCUGAUUUUCUGGGGGACCCUGUUGCCACCUAUGCAGUAGCAGACAGCAUUGCAAGAUCAGACGAUGAAGCUGUGGCUCCGGACUUGAAGGCGUACCUGCAGGAGCACUGGUCAGAGGCUGCAUUUUUGGAUGGGUUGAGGCAGGAACAGGAUCAUUAUGUGAACAUUAGGAGAAUAUUGAGGUGGGGUGGGUCACCGAUAUGCCUGAGGGAUCUCCCAGGCCCCCUCAGGGUGGCAAUCACAUACUUGCCUUUGUACAGGGAGUGUCUAGCAGUUCAUGGCUGCUUGCUAUCGCAGCGGCUAAGGGGACAACUUGUGGAAGCAGCAAGAAGGCUUGACGGUGGGCUGGUGAAUGAGAAUAGCCAGGGGAAAGACCUCCUGGCUGUUUUGGAGCAUCAUCUUCCGCUGUUUUUGCUCUGUGGUCCAAAUGUUGCUUAGUGUAUGAUUGAGUCUCCAAUUUUCACUUCUCUCCAAAUAUAUAGCAUCACCAUCAUAAAAAAAAAAAAAUAUAAUAAUAAUAAUAUAUUUAGCAGGGUUUGAAGGUGA